AUGGGCACCCCUACCCAGCUGCCGGAUGAUGUGAUCGUGGAGAUCCUCCUCCGCCUGCCGCCGCACAGCGUCGCCCGGUGCCGCGCCGUAUGCAGGGCGUGGCGCUCCGCCAUCUCCCACCCGAGCUUCCAGCGCUCCCUUGCCGAACUCCCGGCCGCCGUCGCCGAGAUCACGGCUGAUGUCCAGCGCUACCUCUAUGGGGUUGAAGGUACCCAAUUACUGCUUGGAAAACAGUCCAGGGCCGUCGCCUUGGAGUUUCUCCGCGACGAUUGUCGCAGUCGUAGGGCCCUCUGGUUUACCACGCCCUUGUCCUUGUUUGCGUUCGUCCUCGGCUCCUGGGAUGGCGUUGUGUGCAUAGAGCGGGGAAACUGGCCACACCCUCGUUGCAUCCACUUCUACGUGGAACACUACGUGCUCUGGAAUCCGCUCACCAUGGCCUGCGCCACGGUUGAUACCCCGGACCGCAGCGGCCAAAUCAUCGCCGGCUAUGCGCACCCGGAGACUAGACGCUUCCACCUCCUGCAAGCUUCCGGCGAAACUCAUGGCAGUCUCCUAAUUUCCCCGACUAUCUUCCGGAUUCAAAGGGUUGGAGAUGCCGUUUGGCGCGAGCUUCCCCUCCCAGGAAACAUGUCGCAGACAGCACAGCUCCGUAUGAAGAUGAACACACACGUCCCUUGCUUCGUUAGGCUACACGGCAACUUGCACUGGCUGGUAGAGCAGUCCGGCUCGGAAACGCUGCAGCUGCUCGGCUUCGACAUGUCAUGGGAGGUGUUUUGGUCAGUUGGGACGCCGGCACGCCAAGGAGGCCUAGCCAUGGCAAGAAUCGGCCGAGCGCUAGCGUCUGGCGCUGGCAAGCUCUGCAUCUUCACCGUCUUGCCUUCGACUAGCACAAUGGAGAUGUGGGUGCUCGAUCGCUACUCCGGCCGCCCCCCAGCCCCAGGAAGCUGGCAGCUUAAGGAGAGGAUCAAUCUCAUCACCUUGGACGGGACCGAUCUGUCGUGGAAGUUCCGCGUGGGGACCACCUAG